AUGGACAUCAACGAAGGAACAGCUACUGAAGACUUAUGGACGCCAUAUAAAGAGCUGGCUGCAGUUGUAGAAAACUACCUGACAAAUGAGGGUAGUGGAGCUCCUUAUGCAGUUCACACAUUUGAAUCAGUUCUUAGAAGACAUAAACAAACAUUCUUGUCAUUACUUAAAAAUCCUGCUAAAAAUCCAGCUAGUCGAGAGGAAAUAAAAAGAGGAAUUACUGAAGGUGUGAAUCUUCCCAGUGUGGGUAGAACACUUCUGUCAAAGGAACUAGUAGAUGAAGCUGUUAUCAUAUCUGAUAUGUACAAUGCAAAUGAAUAUGCCUGCUUGGAGUUACUACAUACUGCACAAAGGCAAAGUUCUAGACGACCAGGGUUGGCUCGCGGUCUUCUGGCUGUGUUGCUUUAUUAUGAUGGCAAAAGAGCAUUGGUACAGGCUUUGAAAGAGCUUGUUAUGGCCAGAGAUGGUGUUUCUUGGUCAAUAAGCGCUCGUGAAGAAGUAAUAUCAUAUGUGUCACGGUAUGUGGGGCAGUUGGUAUCUGAUGGGUUACUUGGUGGAGUACUGGACUCACUACGUAGAUGUGAUCUUGACAAUGAACUGGAAUUACUACGUCGAAAUCGUGCAUUGCCCCCUAGAAAGCAUUAUGUCAAAUUGCUGGCCACCAUACAAACUACUCGAAAAUUAUUGGCUGGUGUUGUGUUUGCUGCAUCUGCACAGAAAGGUCUAGAAAGAGAUAUACUGUUGAGACUUCUGUCAGAGCAAAUGACGUCACCUUCAAGAGGCCCUACAGGUGCUCUAGAUGAAAUUUCACUCGCCCUACAAAUGGCUUUGCUUUAUGCCUUAGACUUGUCUGUCUUGCACAGACGAGAAGAUGGUGAAGAACUUGCAAAGAAACUCCCAUUAAUCCAAGACCAAGACCUUAUAUCAGUGUUACUGGACCAGCUAUCUCCCCCCUCGCAACAAAACCAGACUCAGGAAGAAGAAAAACCGAAUGGGCUGAAGGCAUUAUGCCAGUUGUCCUUAGGCUUAGCGCUAGCUGCGCUAAAGAGGGCUCCAGUGUCUUUGCUGAGACGAGCUGAGCCUAAAACAGAGUUGUUGGAUCAAGAUGAGAUGCUGGUGGAUGCUGCAAUUGAUGGUGGGGUAUUCGAGUAUCUCGAUGAUGCUAUACUGUCUACAGACCUCGUGGCAUCAGAAGAGUACUACCAGAGGCGCAUCCACUCGCUCAUAACAGACUUUAUUGUCUUAAUGCAUUCCAAACUUAUGGAGAUGAGGGUGAAGGCGGAGGAGGCGGCGCGCGCAGCGCAGAUGUACGCGGCGGAGGGGCUGACGCCGGCGCCGUCGCCGCAGCGCAGCCGGCUGGAGGCGCUGCUGCGCUGCGUGGAGCGCCUGUACGCGCGCGACCCGCUGCACCUGCGCCGCGACUACUGGCUCGCCUGCGACGCCAACCACCACUCCUACAGGGCGGGCGGGCGGUCGGCGACGCUGUACAAGUUCGUGCGGCUGUCGGGCGAGGUGGUGGUGGCGGCGCUGCUGCCGGCGUACCUGCGCGCGCUGGCGGCGCUGGCCGUGCCGCGCCACACGUGGGCGCUGCUGGCGCGCCGCGACGCGCUUUCCGCGCACCAUCUGCUCACCGCGCUGUCGCUUUACUACAGGAAUCUCCGAGCUGACCCUGCGCCGUUUGCAGACCACAGGCACUCGUCGUCCCUAGGCGCGUCGGCGAUAGUGACGCCCGCGGCGCGUCCCGGGAGACUUCUAGUUAGGCAAGAAGAGGUUGAGGCAAUGAUCGCCGCUUUAAAGUUAAUAGCAGCCGUUGCGAGAGAAGAUGAAGCUGCGUGUGUCAGCAUUUGUGAGAACUUGCAGUGGGAUGCUGUGAAUUGCAUGUUUGGUCUGAUCUGCUGCCACGUGCCGCUGGCGCUGAAGGCGGAGCUGUGCCUGACGCUGGCGGCGCUGGGCGGCGCGGGCGCCACGGCCGGCCGCGUGUGGGCCGCGCUCGAGGCCGCGCAGCUCGUGUCCGCCGCCAAGGACAAGAGGGCGCUCAACGCUGAGUUGCAGGAGGUGGAGUGUCGCAUGGAGGAGUACCCGCUGUCGCGCGCGUUCCUCGUGCUACUGGACGCUCUGUGCGCGGCGGCGCCGCUGCCGCGCGCGCUGGGCGCCGGCGCGCGCCCUCCCGGCCUCGACCCCUACCUGGACCACGCGCUCGCCCGCCUGGCGCUGCCCGCGCCGCACCGCCCCUACGCCAGGCCCUACGAGAAGUGGCAGAUGCUCUCGCUAUGCUUCCGCCUGUUCGCGCGCUGGCUGGAGGCGUACGAGCCGUCGCCGGCGGACUUCCCGCCGCCCGAGCGCGAGCCCGACGCCUGCCCGCCGCCCGGCUUCCGCCUGCUGCUGCAGCUGCACAGCAACUCCGACUUCCUGCGCCUCGUGCUCAACACUCUCGACGAGGCGCACGAACUGAUGGACCGCCAGGACGUGCCUGAACAGGUGUACGUGCACCAGACGCUGGUGAGCACGCUGCAGCUGCUGGAGCGCGCGCUGGCGCUGGAGCGCGCGCUCAACAGCGCGGCGGCCGAGGCGGGCCGCGCCGUGCUCGUCGUCGGCCUCUCCAAGCUCAUACUGGAGCCGCACGGGCCCGAACACAGCGACCGGCUGGUGACGUGCUGCAAGGUGCUGGAGCACGUGGGCGCGCUGCCGGCGGCGGCCGCGCGCGCCGUGGCGCUGCUGUGCCGCGCGCUGCAGGCGCCGUCCUGCGCGCGCCACCUGCUGGCCGCGCUGCUGCACCGGCACGACCUCGCCGUCGACAUACGUCACGGAUUCGUGGAGUGCCUAGAGGCGGAGGAGUGGGCGGGCGGCGAGGGCGGCGAGGGCGGCGCGGCGGCGGUGCGCGCGGCCAAGGAGGGUGUGGUGCUGCUGCUGCUGCAGCUGCUGCCCGUCGCGCCGCACUCGCUCGCGCACUUCCUACUCGGGUACAACCUCAGUGACGAUAUCUCUCGCAGCGUGCUGCAGGAGGCGGGCAGCGCGGGCGCGCCGCGCACCUGCCUGCACUCCAUACUGGACAUGCUCGAGGCCUACAUAGCGCCCAGCGGCACCAACAAAGAAGCGACGACGCUGAUAGAGAGCUGCUACCGGCUGGUGUACUGGGUGUGCGCGCGGCCCGCCACGGCGCCGCCCGCGCUGCGUCUGCUGCGCGCGCGCGACUACUUCCUCGCCAGGCACGCCAAGGCCGUCGUCAACCUCGAGAGCGCGUCGGUGGCGACGAUCUCGGCGCGGUCGUGGGCGCUGCGCGCAUGCGCGUGCGAGGCGGGCGCGGCGGGCGCGGGUCGCCACCGCGCCGCGCUGGCCGCGCUGCUGGCCGCGCUCACGCGCACUGAUCACCACGCGGCACAGGAGUGGGAGUGGUGCGUGGUGCGGCGCGCGCUGGAGGCGCUGCCGGUGAGCGUGGCGCCGUGCGCGGAGCCGCGCUGGGAGCUGUUCCACGCCCACCAGCUGCGCCGCGCCAUCGACGAGUGCGACCUGCCCACCGGCCUAGGCGGGAAGCGCAUCAGCGUGUCGCGCGUGCACGCGCUGUUGGCGCGCGAGCUGGCGUCGCUGCGCGCGUCGGCGCCGCAGCGCGGCCUCGUCGCCAUGGAGAUACAGAAGGUCUUGGACUAUGUAACAGAAGUGAAUAAACAACGCAAUCUGGCGGCCACACUGACACACUACUACGACUCAUGGCGGCAACUCACUGAGAUAUUAUUCUGUGUUGCUCCUCAAGACCUAUUGAACUUGGAAGCCAGGAAGAACCUGCUCCUCAACAUCCUCCAGGACCUCCUCAACAAAAUACCACCAGCUGAAGUUCUUCCACAAAUAGGAAAUCUAGCUUCGGGCACAGUAUUACUAUUGCUAGUUUAUCUGCGGCAUUGUUUCAUACUUCAGAAGAGAGAAUCAUCGUUGAAGUCAGCAGAAUUCGAAGCGAGCUUCUUCGGCCCUUCAAACCAAAUAAUGCAAACCAAAUCGCUGACUCUAAAAUUCAUUUUACACAAAAUUCUAAGUUGGAUACUAGCUUCCGGCGCUUCGACGCAAAAAAUGCGAGUGAAUUUGUACGGAGCGCUGUUAAACUUCCUCAAUAUAGUGAACUUGAAGGCGAGUCCCGCGGAUCCGGAAGAGGAAAUGAACGCGACGUACGUGAGUCGACUCGAUAGUUCCAAAAUAAGACCGAGAGAAGAAUCGAGUUUGAAAUCGAUGGCGAUAGAUGUUAUAAACGGUUUCGGCGAGAACUUGUGUUCGAUUGUGUGCAGCGACUGCAUCGGCGGCGGCCAUGACGUGUGCCGUAUGGUGGCGCUGUCGUGCCUCGACACGCUGCUCGAGAUCAACCCGGGAACGGACUGGCUAAACACCUUGAUCAAUCAAGGGUACUUGAGGAGUUUGAUUGAUAGCUUGUUACAAGAUGAUGAGGGUUUGAAAGAGGCUCUAGAACCGAACCCGAAGUCCCUCCGCGUGCUGUACGUGUACGAGUCGAAGAUGGCGCUGCUGAUCAAGCUGGCGGGCAGCCGCGUGGGCGCGGAGACGGUGCUGGCGCAGGGCGCGCUGGCGGCGCUGGGCGCGCUGCGCGUGCUGGGCGCGCACCCCGACGUGCACGCGCCCGCCGCGCACGCCGCCGACUUCGUGCCCUCCGUCGCCGAUAGGUUCCGUCAGAUCCUGGUGCCCGCGCUGGCGCUGUGCGACGCGCUGCUGACGACGCUGGGCGCCGCCAACCACAGCGCGGUGCUGCACGUCGCGCACCUGCUGCUCGCGCACCUCGAGUGCGUCGACACCGUGCUCAGGGCGGCGCACCCCUCCUCGCCGCCGGGGCUGCUGCGCGAGCUGGAGGCGCUGACGUCGGUGGUGGCGCGCACGGCGGGCCCGGCGCUGGCGGGCGCGGCGGACACGGCGCUGGCGGGCGCGGCGGCGGGCCUCCAGCGCGUGCAUUACCUGGCGCUGGCGCUGCUGCCGCGCUUCCACCGCCCGCCACAGCUCGCCGAGCCCCACGAAGAGGACGCGCUGCUGUACUAUAAGAUCGUGUGGAAUCUACUGCUGUUCGCGCGCAACACGCUGGACGAGUCCGGCGGCGGCGGGGGCGGCGGCGCGGCGCUGGCGGAGGGCGCGCGCGCCGCCGGCGCCGCCGCGCUGCCGCUGCUGCAGGCGCUGCUGCAGCGCUGCGCGACGCACGCCAAGCUGCUCGACACUGUGCAGCACCAGCUGCACACUGUGCCCACCAUGACGCUCGCCGACAUGAGCAAGUUGCUGGGGUCGGAGCCGCCGCCCGCUUCGCCGGUGGAGGCGCGCGCCGCCGUGCUGGCGCAGCUGCGCGCACGGUGCGCCGCCCGCCGCCGCGCGCUGCUCGCCUGCACGCACGCCGCGCACGCCGCGCUGCAGCUGCUGGCCGCGCACGCGCGCCGAACGCGCGCCGCCGCCCUGCGCGCGCUCCAUGGCGACGCGCUAAACAAAUCCGUGGCGCUGCACAACGCGGCGGGCGAGGAGGCGGCGGCGCUGCGCAAGGAGCUCGUCGCCGUCUUCAACGAGCGGUUCAUCGACGAGCUCAUGGACACUGUCAAGAACCAGCCAGACAUGCAGCGCGGCUUCCUCGAAGUACUCGUCAAAGAUAUCAAGAUUAUGAUUCAAUUCUCGCCU